AUGGAACCAGGGAAUGAUACACAAAUUUCAGAAUUCCUUCUUCUGGGAUUAUCAAAAGAACAAGAACUGCAGCCCCUCAUAUUUGGGCUUUUCCUUUCCAUGUACCUGACCACCUUGUUUGGAAACCUACUUAUCAUCCUGGUUGUCAGCCUUGAAGCCCACCUCCACACACCCAUGUACUACUUCCUCUCCAACCUGUCCUUUGUAGACAUCUGUUUCACCUCCACCACCAUCCCAAAGAUGCUGCAGAACAUAAGGACACAGAGGAAAGUAAUAACCUAUGAAGGAUGCAUCGCCCAGAUGUAUUUUUUCAUACUCUUCGCAGUAUUGGACAUGUUCCUUUUGACCGUGAUGGCCUAUGACCGAUUUGUGGCCAUCUGCCACCCCCUGCACUACACAGUCAUCAUGAAAUCCUGGCUCUGUGGACUGCUGGUUCUGGUGUCCUGGGUGAUGAGUGCCCUGAAUUCCUUGUUACAAAGCUCAAUGGUAUUGAGACUGUCCUUCUGUACAGAAUUGGAAAUCCCCCACUUUUUCUGUGAAAUUAAUCAGGUGGUCCAACUUGCCUGUUCUGACACGUUUCUUAAUGACAUAGUGAUGUAUUUUGCAGCUGGGAUGCUGGGUGGUGUUUCCCUCAUUGGGAUUCUUUACUCAUAUUCCAAGAUAGUUUCCUCUAUAAGAGGCAUCUCAUCAGCUCAAGGGAAGUAUAAAGCUUUUUCCACCUGUGCAUCUCACCUCUCAGUUGUAUCCUUAUUUUAUUGUACAAUGCUAGGAGUGUACCUUAGCUCUGCUGCUACCCACAGCUCACACUCAAGUGCAAUCGCUUCAGUGAUGUACACUGUGGUCACACCCACGCUGAACCCCUUCAUCUACAGUCUGAGGAACAAAGACAUAAAGAGGACUCUGAAAACUAUGUUUUCCUCUAGGAGUUUUUUCCUUGAUGUGGAAACCGGUCGAGGUGCUGGGCUUUCCAGCCUUUUGGAGCAGCGUGCACCGCCCCAGCGAACACUGCACCCAGACGCAGCGGCACAGGUUCACCUGGAGGGCCACUUCCCCAAAGCUGGCUCAUCCAGUACAGAGCAAGGCCAGGGCUCAUCUGUGAAAAGUGGGCCACGAUCUGCAGCUGCUGGUAGCUGUGGAAGUACUUGGCAGCCACUAGCUACCCAUAGUCCUGGAGGGAAGAGGAUGAGGCAACACCGGCAGAGGAGGAGGCCAAGCGAGGGUAGCCCCUGUCUGGUGCAACCAGCCUCACCACCACUGCCCUCCUGCCCUUGGCGGCUGGAACGUACAGGUACCAGCAGAGGGCGCAUGCCUGUUACAUGCAGCCAUCCAGCACAGAAGGUAAGAAGAGUUACAAGAAACUGUGAUUCACCAAGAAACAGCAGCUUUGCACAUAUUCCCAAGUAG